ACCGAAGCGCGUUCCUUUCCAGCCGCGUGUCCGUGGAGCUGACUGCGUCGCCACGACGAGGGAUUCCAUCAGAGUGGAGAAAUGCCAUCAAAAAUCAUCGCUGAAGCCGAGCAAGUCGCAAUGGGAGAAGACCUUGAGACUGCAGUCGAGCCUAAAGUAAAGAAGGUGAGCAAGAAACAGAAGAAGAAAUUGCUUGAGCAGCAGCAACAGGAGGAAGCGGAGCAGGCGGUCAAUGACCCUGACUGUGAACCUCCUGCACCGAAGAAAAAAAAGAAAAAAGAAAAACUGGCAGUCGAACAAGCGAACGGACAUAUGGAAGAUGAAGCCGCAGACGUGAACGGCAACGUUAAUGACGUGGAAACACCCAAGAAAAAGACCAAGAAGAACACUGACGCAAAAGCAGAGAAGAAGCAAAAGAAAAUUAAAAAGGAGGCUGUAGUCAAUGGACAUUCCAACCCAACCACACCCAUCCCCUCGCCUUCUCCUUCAAGCAUGGAGUCGGCCAGUGACAGUGAAAAAGAAACGGAAGAAACACCAGAACAAAAAGAAGGCGCAUUUUCCAACUUUCGAAUUUCCCCGGUCACGGUUGAGAAACUGAAAGCUCGUGGAGUCACUUACCUGUUUGACAUUCAGGUCAAGGCCUUUGACUUUGUGUAUGAUGGCAGUGACGUCCUUGCCCAAGCCCACACAGGAACAGGAAAGACUUUCUCCUUUGCCAUUCCACUGGUGGAGAAGCUGCAGCUGGAGAAUUUGGAGCGAGUUAGAGGCCGUGCCCCCAAGGUUUUGGUGUUGGCUCCCACACGAGAGUUGGCCAUCCAGGUAGCCAAGGACUUCAAAGACAUUUCUAAGAAAGUCGUCAUCUCCUGCUUCUAUGGAGGAAGCUCAUACAAUCCCCAGAUUGAUGCCAUCCGUAAUGGGAUAGAUAUCUUGGUCGGAACCCCUGGUCGCAUCAAAGACCACAUCCAGAACCAUAAACUGGACCUUACCAAACUGAAACAUGUGGUCCUUGAUGAAGUGGAUCAGAUGCUGGACAUGGGAUUUGCUGAACAAGUGGAGGAGAUUUUGGCAUCAUCGUACAACAAAGAAUCUGGUGACAACCCACAGACCUUGCUGUUUUCUGCCACCUGCCCACCGUGGGUCUACGAAGUGGCAAAGAAGUACAUGAAGCCAAACUGUAAACACAUUGAUCUGAUUGGCAAGAAAACACAGAAAGCUGCAACAACAGUGGAACAUCUGGCUAUAGCCUGUCACUGGUCCCAGCGUGCAGCCGUUUUGGGAGAUGUGAUCCAGGUUUACAGUGGCAGCCACGGAAGGACCAUCGUUUUCUGUGAGACAAAGAAAGAAGCCACCGAGCUUUCCUUGAAUGCCUCCAUCAAACAGAGCGCCCAGUCCCUCCAUGGUGAUAUUCCACAGAAGCAGAGGGAGACCACACUGAAGGGCUUCAGGAACGGAGCCUUUGAAGUUUUGGUUGCUACAAAUGUGGCUGCGCGAGGUCUGGACAUCCCUGAAGUAGAUCUGGUGGUUCAGUGCUCUCCACCCAAGGAUGUGGAGUCGUACAUCCAUCGCUCAGGUCGAACAGGUCGAGCGGGCAGAACUGGAGUGUGUAUUUGUUUCUACCAACGGAAAGAGGAGGACCAGUUGCGCUAUGUCGAGCACAAAGCUGGCAUCUCGUUCAGGAGAGUUGGAGUCCCCACACCGAGUGAGAUCAUCAAGUCAUCGAGCAAAGAUGCUGUCAGGUUCCUGGACUCUGUUCCUGUGACUGCCAUCGGCUACUUCAGAGAAUCAGCUCAGAAGCUGAUUGAAGAGAAGGGAGCGGUCGAUGCGUUGGCUGCUGCUUUGGCUCAUAUAUCGGGAGCCACCAGUCUAGAACAGCGCUCGCUGCUCAACUCUGAUGCGGGUUUCACCACUUUACAGUUGGCGUGUUCACAAGAGAUGCACACGAUGAGUUAUGCCUGGAAGACCAUCAAGGAGCAGCUGGGGGACGAGGUGGAGAACUACAUCAACAGAAUGACAUUCCUCAAAGGCAAAACUGGAGUCUGUUUUGAUGUUCCAGCUGGCAAAGUCAAGGAGUUUCAGGACAACUGGGCUGACGGUCGCCGUUGGCAGCUGACGGUCCCCUCAGAGCUGCCGGAGCUGGAGGAGAGGCAGUUCAAGGAGCGCGGCGACCGCAGUUUUGGUGGCGGCAACAGAGGGUUCGGCGGGAGAAACCGCGGCGAGAGAGGAGGCGGGUUCAGAGGCGGAAGAGGUCGCAGUUUCGGGGGAAAUGGUGGUUGGAGAGGCGGCGACAACAGAAGAGGCGGCAAACGCAGCUUCAGUCAAGCGUUCGAUCGCUGAGGGGGGCAACAUGCCGACGCAUGGACAUGAGAUUCUUCCUUGCCGGGAUGUCGGGUUUGUGGUAUCAGGAAAUGAGCUCAACAGAUAAAUCAUGUCUCCUGCAGUGAGUAGAGGGUGCGCUCCACAAAAUAUUGUUGAUAAUGUGUCGCCAUGAAUCUCUGUGAUGGAUCUUCAAUGCAAAUUGAGUCAGACAACUCUUUAUUCUCCCGUGGGAAGCGUCAGUCGACUAUGUAUUGUUUUUUUUUAAGUACUGGGUAUUUGGGGAAGUGGUGGCUGCAAGACCACUUGGGUGAGCUUGUCUGAAACCGCUCUCCCUGAAUAUAUUUUUGGAUGAUUGCCUUGCAAUCGCCUCUAUUUAAUAUCGUGUCUUCUGCUUCUAUUCAAGAGAUGUGUUCAUUAAAAAAGGUCAACAGAA